UUUACAAUUUACAAUGUGCUUUCUUUCUUUCUAUGCCUGGUGGUGCGGCCCGCACCCUCCCGAGUCAUCUUCCAAUUCUUUGAGCUUGCUUGCUGGUGUUGCCUUGUGGGUGAGUUCCAUUUUCUUUCACCAAUGCCUCUUUAAUUUACCUGAGUUGUCUAUAUAAACUUAAGCAGAGAGAACAAGGAGAGGAAGUACUAACCAUUUGCAGAAAAAGAAAAAAGAAUGGGUUCUAGAGAAAGCACAGAGAAGCCUAAGGCUGGUGAAGAUAGUGGAAAUAAGGUUUACAAGACCGCGAUUAUAGGGGGUUUGCUUGCAGGAGCUGUUCUGGUGGGCUGCGGAAUAGCCGCUCUUGUGGCUGUUAUUAGUUCUGGUUCUGGUUUGGACGACGAGGAUGAGGUCCACGAGGACAAGAAGACAAUGAAAGCUCCGGGAAGGGAUUAUCGCAUAUACAGGGACGACUUUGAGGAAGACCCAGCAACCUAUUUCCGCAACUUACGCAACUUACGCAAGUGGAAUCCUGAACAAGGCCUAUAAUUAUUAUAUGUAUAUGUAUGUCAAUAAAAGGAAUUAUCAUCUUCUGCUGCUGCACUGUUUUUAGUGAUUCUGUUUCCUGAAUGAAGGAGAUUAUAUAUGCAUGUAAACAAAAAGAAAGUCUAAUCUUCUGCUGCCCUGUUUUUAGUGAUUUUACUUCCUGAAUGAAUGAAUUUAUAUGUUACUAGA